UUCUGUGGCUUUGCUGUGUGUGUUUUCCCAGCGGCCAUGUUCUGGAUCGGAUGCAGCCGCCGUGCCCCUGUCAGGCGUGUAGAUGGCAGUGUCGGAUAGCGCUGCUGCGGCUGUGUGUAGUGUACUGUGUAGGGGUUGCGCCUCCGCCGCCAGAGGAGGGGAUAUAACAUGAACGUGCUGCGGCGCUCCGGGUCGGCGAUUAGCCUCUGCCGAGCUACUGCUGCUGCCCUGAAGCGGUGCCCUGGAGGGAUAGCCGUAGCGUGUCACCGCCGCUGGCUCAGCAGCAUGCCGCGCUACAGCACCGAGGAGAGGGGGCGGCUCCACACCGGCGAUUACCGGCUGUACUUCAAGAAUGCAGAAGGUAAAUUAAUCUCCCCUUUUCAUGACAUCCCGCUGUACUCCAGAAGUGAAGAGGAGCAUGAUGUACCAGCAAAGAAAUCAAAGACCAACUUGCAUAAGAAUGUCAUGAACAUGGUAGUUGAAAUUCCACGAUGGACAAAUGCAAAAAUGGAGAUUGCAACAAAAGAGUCUCUAAAUCCAAUUAAACAAGAUGUUAAAAAAGGAAAACUUCGAUAUGUUGCAAAUAUUUUCCCUCACAAAGGAUACAUAUGGAACUAUGGUGCUCUUCCUCAGACCUGGGAAGAUCCGAGUCACAAAGACAGUGAUACAAACUGCUGUGGAGAUAAUGAUCCCAUUGAUGUCUGUGAAAUCGGCUCAAAGGUUUGCUCUAGGGGAGAUGUCAUUCAAGUGAAACCUCUAGGAGUUCUGGCUCUCCUAGAUGAGGGGGAGAUGGACUGGAAAAUCAUUGCAAUCAAUAUCGAUGAUCCAGAAGCUGUUAAAUUCAAUGACAUUGAUGAUGUAAGAAAGUACAAACCGGGCUACCUUGAGGCUACUGUUGAAUGGCUGAAAUCCUACAAAGUGCCUGAUGGGAAACCAGAAAACCAGUUUGGCUUUAAUGCAGAGUUUAAAGACCAGGCCUUUGCAGUUGAAAUCAUUAAAGCCACUCAUAAAUACUGGAAGGACAUGGUUCAUAACAAAUCUGAGUGUAAUGAUAUAGUGUGUAAGAAUGUGUUGGUUAGUGACAGCCCUUUUUGCUGCAGUGAAAAGGAAGCCACAGAAAUAGUCCAGGCGGCUCCCUCUCCAGGAGAAUCAAGUCCAGUAUCAUCUGAAAUUGAUUUAUGGCAUUUCCUGAAGAAGUGAUCUGGCUAAUUCCUGAGGAUGUAUGAGCGCAUGGUCAAGAGCAUCGUCUGAGGCUGGUGUACCUGUCUAUAAUUCAUUAUUUUAAUUUUCAUUAUUUUAUUAUGUCAUGGAAUCUGACAUUUGUGUAAAUAAAAUAUAUUUUUUUCCGUUAA